AUGUUUGAAAAUUUUAACAAAAGACUAAAUUCUAGUAAUCAAACAAACACAACAUCUCAAUUAAGUAAAACUGUCGUUGUAUCACAUUUUCAUGAAAACUUAGAUUGGCUUGAUUUACUUGUUGAUGAUCAAAUUUCAUAUGUUGUUUACACACGAUCAGCUGAACCAUUAACCCAUUACCAUAGGAUUGCAAUAAAUAAAGGCAGAGAAGCUAUAGUAUAUCUUCGAUAUAUUGUUGAUCAUUAUUCAAAUUUACCCUCAUCAAUAGCUUUUGUCCAAGCACAUCGAACAUCUUGGCAUCAAAAAGAUCCAUCAGAUAUUGUUAUUGCUUUAAGAACAUUACAAUGGAAUAAAUAUACUUAUAUGCCAUUAACUAGUAUACGAACUUAUAAUUUAUAUAAACAAAAUUCAUUCGAUCUUCAAGAAAGAGUUAAUUAUGAAUUAUGGCAAGCUGUUUUACAAAAAGAACUUGGUCCUUCACCAGUAAAUGGAACAUAUACAUAUUGCUGUGCAACAUUUGCUGUCAAAAGAGAAGCUAUUCUUGCUCAUCCAACAAUAUUUUAUUCAAAUAUUAUUGAUUAUAUUUUGACUAGUCAACAUUCUGAUCAAUUGACAGGUAGAACACUUGAAUAUACUUGGCAUAUGAUUUUUGGUGAACCAACACAUAUUAAUUAUAGAACAUGUGAUAUAUUUGUAUGUGAUUCAAGAGGAAUUAUUUCGGUUUCAUUGGCUAAAAAUAAAACUCAAUAA